GUCAUAAAUGACAGCAGCAAAAAACCAGCGACGGUGAAUAAAGGCGGAAUUAUUGCAAUUUGUAAAACACUCUUAUGUGCAAUUAUUGUUCAACUGUGAUUAAUUUCCGCAAGUAUGAUGUCAACGACAGAAGGAGAACUGGAUGUCGAGGUGUCCCAUGAACUUGAAGAUGGCGAGUUAGAGGAUUCCGACGUAGAAGAGGGCACGUACAUCCCUCUGACGCGUCCAGACACCUUUAACCCGCCGUCUUUAGUGAACAUGCAGAUACAGGAUGAGCAGAGUGACGAAGACACAGGGUUGGAAUCGUCGGGCUCUGAUACGGACGACGAACUGCGUCGACGCCCAAAACGCACUAAACUGAGGCCAAAACGUCCGCAGCCACAAGCGCAACCAGACAAGAAAGAGAAAUAUAACGUUUGGUGUAAAGCUUUGCAGGAGGAUCUGCUUACAGAAGAUAUGGUAAGCUGCGAUGUAACAAAGAAAAGUAGAUAUGGCGUUGAAUCUUAUGAUUACACUAUUAAAUAUAGGCUAGAUGAUAACUAUUCUAAGAAAAUAUUUACAAACAAUCAUGAUUAUAAACAAAAUAACUAUAAAAGUAACAAGAGGAGCUAUUCAGACAGAUCUAAUAAAAAGUUUAGGCAAGGUAAAAAGAUAAACAGUGGGCAUCCCCUAGAAGAAAAGCAGAUGCCAAGACCUUUACAAGACCUUGUUGUUACUUCAGAACAACCAACAGAUUUGGUAGCUCAAGACAUAGCUGAAAAGUUAAAUGAGGACAAAAAGGAAUUACUUGCUAGGAUAGUACAAGUAACGGGAGCAAGUAAAGCUAUAGAAAUCUUUAAAGAAACGCAGAGGAUUGAAGCGGAUGGUGGAAUGCUUGUUAUGAAUGGUACUCGAAGACGCACAUCGGGCGGUAUAUUUUUCUUCCUAUUAAAACGCGACGAUGAAGUGUCGCAAGUAAUGAUUAACGAUAUAUUCAACGAGGAUCGUCUAAACCUGCGCAAAAUUAAGAAGACGCGCACCAAAAAUCGCCAGAAGGUCAUGGAGCAGUUGAAACAGAGCCUCACAGAUUCGGAGCUGCCGUCGUUACUUUCGCGGAGCGAGGCGGCAGUGCAGUCCGAGCACGGCUCCAAUCCCCCGCCGUCACCAGCAACAGACGCACGAGAGUGCUCGAGUGACACUGACGCGCAGUCGCACACGGAGCUGCCCCCCUCCCCGCCUCGCCCAAGCUCCCCCCUCCCGGACCGAACGGAACCACGUCCCGUGCAAAGUUACGAUGAUGACGAUUUCUUAGAAGUUAUGUGCAGUGAAGAUAUGGACCUCUUCUGAAUAUACGAGUUACCCCUGGUGCUGAGUGCCUCUUAAUUUUUAGAGCCAAGUGAUAUUAUUAGGCCCCCGUGUCUACAUUACUGUUACUGCUAUUAUGUGGUUUAGAAAUUGUGCGUUUUGUGUUUAAUGGUAUGGGCUCUUAAGGAACACGCAACAAAAAUGUGUGAGUUGAAAACAAUUGUAGUAUUUUGUGAGUCGUUACAUUAAUUAAUACCCAACGCAUUGGAUUUUGCUGACGAGUUUCUAACCCCAAUUUCAGUAACUAUUUGGACAGUUGCUAAACGGUGGUGCAUUAUCUUCCUAAAAAUGAUAUAUCAGUGAUUCAGGAAAAAAUUAUGUCAUAUGUGGCGAUGCUGGUUGUAUUAUCUCUGUGUUCCUGGUAUAAUUCUUAGUAAAGUUGACUACUCAUCUAACACCACGCUGCCAAAUUAUACGUUUCUUAUGUCAUCGAAUUGAGCAGCUUGUGAUAAAAUUUGUUUUUUUUAGAUAUUGUCAAUGUGUACUUGAAUAAUUCAUGUUAAGGCUGAUCGCACAUCACAUCACACAUUCGUACACGCCGCAUUAUAGCGUUCGACGUGUUUUAAUGGCAUAGUUUGCAUUUUGAAUAUUGAUCUUCAAAAUGACCUAAUCCUUUUUUUUUCUUCAUGUAACAAAAAGCCGCCCAUCUAUGGUACUUUGUACAUAGAAAGAUAACUAGGACACGCCACGUUGCAGCACAUUGAAAGGCCUAAAUCCUGUUAUUAUAAGGACCGAAGCAUACUUUACGUAAAGGUGGCUGUGAAAAUUAUUAUUGCAGUAGGACUAGCAAAAUGGUCCAUGUAAAAUUCCUAGUUUCCUGUAAUUUUUCUAUAUGCCACUUUCAGAGCCCAAGGUUGUUGUAAUUUUGACAACCCCGCCCUUAUUUUGUAUCUAUCUAUAUAUUUAAGGGAACCAGGAACCUCUGCGCAAAAUACCAGCUUUCUUAGUUUAGGCUGGGCCUUGAUCAGUCGGGACUUUUCUUAUUAUAAGUCAUUAAAAAAAUACAGUAUGUUGCGUUGCGGCCCGUGCGCAAGCUCGAUACAUCCAGUGUGAUACUGAGGAGUAUUCUCUUCUUUAUUUAUACAAAAAUAUAUCCUUCUUUUUCAUUAAA